UAGAAAGUUAUGACGAGAUUAUAUUACGUAAUUUAGGUUGUCAUUUGUAGAAACAGUUGGGUAAAGAUAAUGCGGUUAAUAUUUGUGUGAUGUAGAAGCGAGAACAUUGUUGCGUCUGAUAUACAGCUGUGGAGGACUGUUUAUAUACCGACUGCAACAAUAUAAAUCAGUUCGCUAGACAUAUAUCUAAAUAGAGCUACUUUCUAAUUCGCCCAUUCGGAAUUACUACUCUAUGAUCGCGGUUGCGAGGGUUGCGAGCAUCCAUCAACCUUGAAGUUGAAGCUGUUUGUAAGGUUAUUUUAAUUUUACACAGAACGUGGUAUUUAAUCACUGAUAUUAACAAAAAUUGCUUCAGUGCCAAAGAAGAGGAAUGAAUUUACAAGAAGGGAGUGUUAUUCUUCGUUAGUAAAUACUAUAAAUAAUAUAGAAAGUUUUUAUACAUCGUGUCAUUGCUGGUACAAUGAACACAUUUUUACAGGCUGUUAUAAUUUUAUCCCUUCUCACAACUUAUUGGUGUAAUGGAAAUAGUGAUACUGAAAAUUUUCAAGAAGAGAGCACUCUCAAGUCUUCAUAUUCUAACAGUAAAAGUGUGUCAAGAUCAAACUCUUAUUCAGCUCCAGGGGAUAUAGUGACUCAGUCAUCAGUUCAUUAUGAUGGAGGUAUUGGAGAUAGUUGCCAUGAUGAUGCUGCAUGCUUGGCGCUUGCCUCACAAGAUCGGAUUGGUCUAGAAGCUAUAAAGUCCCUCCACCGACAACUGGAUGAUGAUGCAAAUGGCAAUGUUGAUCUCUCAGAAUCAGAUGAGUUCCUACGAGAAGAACUUAAAUACGAAGAAGGCUAUGAACGAAGACAAAAAGCAUUUCAUCGUAAUGAUGAUAUGCACAUCUCAGUUCGGGAGUUGUGGGAAGCUUGGAUACGGUCAGAGGUUCACAAUUGGACUGUUGAGCAGACAUCAGAAUGGUUGGCCACGAAUGUGGAAUUGCCACAGUACAUUCCAAAUUUCAUUCAGCAUCGAGUGACUGGAGCAACAUUACCAAGGCUUGCAGUAAACAACAUGCACUAUUUGAACAACGUCCUUGGAAUCAAAGAUCCAAUUCAUAAGCAGAAAAUAGCCCUGAAGGCUAUGGAUGUGGUGCUGUUUGGACCACCAAAAGAUUACAGUCAUCACAUGAAAGAUCUAGUAUUGGUCACUUUACUCUUGGGUGCACUUAUUGGUUGCUGGUAUGCAUAUCGACAAAACAAGAAUUCACGUCGGCAUCUCCGACGUAUGAUGAAGGACAUGGAGAGUCUUCAUAAAGCAGAACUUGCUCUGGACCACUUACAAAAAGAAUUGGAGCGUGCUAGACUGGAACAGGCGUGUGUGACGUCAGAGAAACAGAACUUGGAGAGGCAGCUUCAGCAGCAAGGGAGUGAUCACAUGGAACUACACACCUCGUACUCGGAUCUUGAAGUGUCACAGCUGAAAGCUGAAAUAGAGAUGCUACGUGCAGAGUUGCAGCGAGCGGAAGGAGAACUACAAGACCGAUGUUGGUCCCCACCAGUUGGACUUCAGCAGUGGCUUCAGCUCACACAUGAAAUUGAGAACAAAGCAUAUAUCAAGAAGAAGAACGGGGCAGAGAAACAGUUACAGCAGGCUCGUGAAGCAUGUGAAAAACUUAGGAAGAAAAGGUCGAGUCUAGUUGGUGCGUUUGUGUCGACACACGGGAAGUCAAUAGAUGAUGUGGACAGGAGCAUAGUUGAAGCAAGGACUUCAUUGAAUGAAGUUACGCAGGAACUUCAGGAGAGAGUGCAUCGCUGGAAACAAAUAGAAUUAUUAUGCGGUUUCAACAUUAUCAACAAUAGCGGUUUGCAAUAUUUGGAAUCCGUCUUGUACAGAGGGACAGCGAAUGGUAGAGGAACCAUGAGAGGUCGGAUGAGCAGCAGUCAGGAUGACCUAGAUGACGAGACAAGCUCACUGUACUCACCUUCUGCAGGGUGUCUGGAGAGCCUGCAGUGGAAGGAAGGAGCAGAUUCAUCGGGCAGUGACACAGGCAAACAGGAGCUGGAAGAUGACUUUCCUCAGGAUACUCAGAGUCUGAGCAGUAAUGUACAGUUCACUGUUGGAGACAGUCUGGGAGAAGAGAAUGGACCAAGACCUCAACACCACUCACAACAUCAUUCAGAACAUCAGUCACAACUUCAAAUGGUCAGAUCCUAUAGCCAUGAUACAAAUGUAUUGGUUCUAGAGAGAGAUGCAUCUCCUCCAAAGUCAUCUCUGUCAGAAACUUGCCUAGACACUUCCCGCUCUCCUGUAGCAAGAGUGACUCCAGUGAAGAAGACUUCGCUCACUAGUUUGCCGUCUCGAGAGCAACCUCAGGCAGAUGAUGAGACCUAUUCUACUGACUCUAAUUCAACAGCCGAUGAUGAUCUCCGUCGAAAGAAACGCAAAUUGUUUCCAACCUUUACCCGUAAGCACAAAUCUAAGGCUUCAUGAUAAUGCCAGCCACAAAGGAG